UAGUUUAAGCUUAGUUGUAUCUUGACACUACUUGUGGAUCACGAAUGUGCUCUGCUGAAUAACAAACACUACACUUUGAGUGACACCUGGUGGUAUAUAUGAGCCAUUGCAUGCAGACUGGACGUGUAUGGAUCCUUGUCAUGACUGACAGUAUUGAGGAUGAUUAAAACCUGCCUCAUUCUGGGGUUCUUUUUUGAUUCAAGAGAUCCAUAUUGGCUGUGUUAAUAAUCAGGGCAGAGAGACGUCAAGGAACGUGAGUCCAAUGUGAACAUGAGCUCCGAUGAAUGUCUCUGUCCUGCCUGGACAGUGCUGUGUUAGCAGGAACCUGAGCACCGUAUCGGCUGAUGAAGAGAUGAUUGUCUUUCGUAUUAUCUACAUGACUUAUCAACACUAUAAUUAAAAUAGCAGUCAUAAAGCACAACAUAGCACACAUAAUUAUUAAUUACUUUGACUUGGAGAUAAGGUCCUGGUACUGAUUGCCUUUAUGGCGUGAGCUGAGCCGUCACCAAGGUUGUGCCCUUUGACCGAGUUGUUGAUUGACAAACUGAGCUCGACACUUCACACUUCUGUGGGUGUUUCCAACAAAUAUAAAGGAGUAACACUCCAAGGAUCACAUUCACACGCCUGAAAGUGAAUCUGGCAGAAGAUGGAGACUGUGAAAAGAUGGAGGUCAGACUGGAGGUUCCCCACCACUUUGCUGUGCAUCUAUGGAUUCUUCAGCACAGUCAGACCUCUGGAACCUUUCCUCUUCCCAUACUUGACUGGGCCAGACAAGAAUCUGACAACAGAGCAGGUUAAUAAUCAAAUUUUCCCAGUGUGGACAUACUCCUAUCUAUCUGCACUAGUGCCGGUGUUCUUGCUGACGGACUGGCUGCGGUACAAGCCGGUGGUGGUGUUCCAGUGUGUCGUGCUCUUCAUCAACACAGCAAUGCUGCUGUGGACUAAGAGUGUACCAGCCAUGCAGGCCAUGGAGUUCUUCUAUGGCGCAGUGACAGCCAGUGAAGUGGCCUACUUUUCCUACAUCUACAGUGUGGUAGAUCAGAAGAGAUACAGGAAGGCCACAUCUUUCUGCCGCAGUGUCCAGCUCCUAGGGUACACAGUGGGCUCUGUUCUGGGCCAGCUUCUUGUCAGCUUCAACCUGUUGUCCUACGACAACAUCUUGGUGUUGACUCUGGUUCUCACCACCAUCGCUCUCCUUGAUUCUUGCCUCCUGCCAAUGCCACAGCAGAGCAUGUUCUUUCAUCGCAGGCGUCCUGGACAGAACACAGCAACAGAGGGAAGAAGAAGCAGCGCAGAUGGGACAAAACAUGCACGCAUAUCAACAAUAUCCCUGGAAGGAAUGAGAGGUGAAGAGGUGGACAACAGCAGAGAAAGAGGGGAAGCUGUGAGCGAACAGAGAGAAACUGGUCCUCAGGCUGUGGACUUUGUUGAGUCAGAUGGCGCAGAAAGCUGCACCAAAGUUCUCCUUCAGCUGUGGAACGAUUUCCGCCAGUGCUAUUCCUCCAGACAACUGCUUUACUGGUCAGUGUGGUGGGCAAUGGCCACCUGUGGCUAUAACCAGACUAUCAACUAUGUACAGGUGCUGUGGGAGCAUGUGGAGCCUUCACAGAACUUCAGCAUCUACAACGGAGGUGUGGAAGCAGUGUCCAACCUGAUGAGUGCAGCUACAGCCUAUGGUAUAGGCUUCACUGAAGUGAGAUGGGAGAAGUGGGGAGAGCUGGCUCUGGGUGGAUUCUCUGGAUUGGGGGCAGGUGCACUUUUCCUCAUGACCUUCAUCAACAACAUAUGGGUCUGCUACAUCAGUUACGCCAUUUUCAAGUCCCUGUACAUGCUUCUGAUAACAAUAGCCAUGUACCAGAUUGCAGCAGAUCUGUCAAUGGAAAGAUAUGCACUUGUGUUUGGAACAAACAACUUUGGAGCGCUGGCUCUACAGACCAUCAUCACCUCUGUCGUGGUUGACAGUGGAGGAUUGGGCCUGGCCAUCAUUCCCCAGUUCACAAUAUAUGCCAGCUACUUCUCAUUCAUCGCUGUCCUUUUUUCCCUCCGGGGGCUGUUUACCAUUUGGAGAGCACGAAGACACAAAACUCAAACUCCUCCGGACACAAAUGAAAAUGUAAAGCUUUGACAAACACAGGACCUGAAGGGCAUUGGAAGCUGCAAUAAUCACUUUAGGCUUUAGGUCCACACUGUGUCCGCACAACAAUUUGAAACCAAAAAAUAAUUAAUUACUGAUCUCAACGCCAUGAAUACAGAUCUUUUCUUUAUACAAAACAAAUAUACAAAAUGUCCAUAGAUCCAUAAAAAUUAAUGAUUUGGUCACUUCUUACUUAAAAUUCAUUUUAAUAUAUAUACUGUAUAUAUAUAAUGUAUAUAUUUACACAUUAACUUAAAUUUUUUAUACCCAAAGCAAGUGGUUUUCAGUUCCUCUUCCAUUCUUGUUACCAACAUAUGAAUAUGGUUAACUACAAUUGAGAAGCACUGUGACGAGGGCCCUCCAUCAGUCAGGUAGGGGAUGGCAGAGAAAAGAGUCAAUUUUCCAUGAUGCAUCAUUCCUCCUCUUCUAUGUCUCAACAAUAGAAUAUGCAUUGUUUUGUGAGAAAUUAACAGAUUCUUUACAAGUAUGGUUACUGGCAGUACCCAUUGGAUUUUCCAAGCAAUGUCUCUGUCUUAAUCUUGCAUUAGAUACAAAUACUGAUAUGCACAAAGAGCUAAUUUCCUAAAUGAAAAAUGUACAGAAUUGCAGUAUAAUGAAUGGAAUAUACUAUUUGCAAUAACUUAAGUUUUCAGCCAGUUUGAUUAUACAUUGUGGCUCAGUAAAAGCCAGGCCAGAUCACAGGUGAAAUGGAGAGGAGGGAUCAACCUCUGCACACACCAUCACUUUGUUUUGUAGCCUUAGGUAGUGUCAGCAGGACUUAUUCACCUUAUUCCACUGUUGACAAACUCAAUAUAAAAAAAAGAAAACAAAGUCUUACAAACAUUGUGAUUUUAAAGCUACUUUUUGAAACAAAAGAGUGCGAGCAUGCCAGUUGUUGACCCUGUAGUGCAGCUGAUUGAACGGAAUGCUAUAAGAAGGGAUUUGUUGAAGAGCCUCCUGCUGGAUACUGUGCAGAUGGACCCGAACCCUGGAAGGAAAAGAGGAGAAACAAAUACACAGUUACAAAUCCACAAUCUGCAAUACAUUAAUAAAAAUCAUGUCAAUAUUUUA